AUGUCGCACAGGGGUACCGACAGAAGGCGCGGGAGGCAGACGUACACGCGCCACCAGACCCUCGAGCUGGAGAAGGAAUUCCACUCCAGCCGGUACCUCACGCGCCAGCGGCGGGUGGAGGUGGCGCACGCGGUCUGUCUGACGGAGCGGCAGAUCAAGAUCUGGUUCCAGAACCGGCGGAUGAAGUGGAAGAAGGAGAAUCGGGGGACGGACGGCAGCUCCCUGACGGCCGCAUUACAGACGACUGGAGAUGAGGAGGGCGCUGAGGAGGAGGAAGAGGAGUGA